AUUUACUGCGAAAGUACUUUCCGGCAGCGGUGAAACCGAGGAGAAAGCAAAGAUAGGCGUCGGAAGUAAAACAGAAAUUCGGAUUUGCACAAUUAUUUGCACAAUUAUCGCAUAAGGGAAGUGAUCUUCGUUUAUAAACCCUUUCACCUUGUAGAUGAAACUUUAUUUAGCGUUUUUUUUAAACGUGUAUCGCCCCCUUGAUGAAGUGGGAUGGCUGCAGUGCCGACUGGGCCUAGCAGCGCAUUGCCAGCAUCCCCGGCUGAAAUUAUUCCCUUCCCCGGGGAUGGGAGUGUCGAACAUGGGCAAGGGGAGCAGUCCGGCUGCGGUCGGGAGGGCUCUGUAGCUUCUGGGGCAAGACAGGAGCAGCAGGUCAGCGAGGACAAACGGUCAAGUCAGAAAAAACAGAAAAACAUGCUAUCCCAUGCUAACCCGGCUGCGCUACACCUCAAAACGCAAGCCCUGCAAGAACAGAAAAUGAACGGCUUGGUCAGUCUGUCGGAAAAUCGACCCAAAAAUCUGAGAACGUCCACGGAGUACUGUGACAACAGCAGUUUUGGAGACGACCCGAGCGACAAAAACAAUAGCGACCAUUGCUGCCAACAUGAGGACCACAGUCCGUGUUCGAAAGGCAGCCACCCUCACUUGAACAACAAUAGCAUGAACGGUAUGCUGACUAUCACAAGAACUGAGGCUAUCCAAAGCCACCCUGUAACGGGAGACAGCCCCGGUGGUAACGUUAGGAAAGGGGAAUGCGACCCCACGGAACCCCCUCGUUCACCGAGCCAGCAGUCCCCAGACUGCGAAGGCCCCGGUGAGCCCCGGGCUGGAGUAGAGAGUGAACCCGACGCCUCAUACCAGCCGCCGGUGUCAGAACUAGCGAGGCUGGAUUUGAACUUUUCUCCUUGCCGAGGAGAGGAAGAGAGCCAGGGGAUUCAUUAUGUCCGCUACGAAUCCGAGUUACAGAUGCCAGGAAUCAUGAGGUUGAUCACCAAGGACUUAUCUGAGCCCUAUUCCAUUUAUACCUAUAGGUACUUCAUCCACAACUGGCCGCAGCUCUGCUUUCUGGCCAUGGUGGAGCAGGAGUGCGUGGGGGGCAUUGUGUGCAAGCUGGACAUGCACAAGAAGAUGUUUCGUCGUGGCUACAUCGCCAUGCUGGCUGUGGACUCCAAACACCGGAGGAAAAGCAUUGGUACUAACCUAGUGAAGAAGGCCAUCUAUGCCAUGGUAGAGGGGGACUGUGAUGAGGUGGUUCUUGAGACUGAGAUCACUAACAAGUCAGCUCUGAAGCUGUAUGAGAACCUGGGUUUUGUCCGAGACAAGCGGCUCUUCAGAUAUUACCUGAACGGUGUGGACGCGCUGAGGCUCAAACUCUGGCUCCGCUAGAGAGAGGAGGAUGACAGGUGCUGCCCUCUUACUGAACCAACUCCACAGUCUCAGUCACACACAUACACCCUUAUGCACAUGCACGCAUAUUCACAUACAUAUGCAUACACAUAGGCACACGCACACUACCCCAUCAGACAUACACCCCUGAUUUUUUGAUCCUCGACAUCUUGGAUACUGGCUCUUUGGUCAAGGCUGCACUGAAAGGACAGACAGACAGAAAUCCCACCAAAUGUUUUUAUGACGAGACCCCUGCCGCCUUAGCUGUAGGACCUUGUGAGAGGGGGGAGGGAUGUGUGAUGUGGUCUGAUGACCUUUAGCCUCUAAACUUUGACCCCCUCAACGGAGCAGUGUGUGAGGCAUGAGGUCAAGUCAGUACCCACAAACCCCCGGAGGGCAACUCAUCACGUUGAGUCAUCCACCAGAAUGCAGGGAAGAAGAAGAAGAAGUGGGGGAAAAAAUAAUAAACGGAGGAUGAAAAUAAGGAAGUGGGGGGGGCAGACUCAAGAACGUUUUUUUUGUGUUUCUUUUUUUAAUCUCAUGAGUCAACAGGGGGUUGGAAAAGCUAUAGUGUGUGUGUGUGAUUUUUUUUCCUAGUGGAUUUGGAAAAGUGAGUGUUCAAGCUAUUUCUUGUAUGCACGUGUAAGGGAUGUGGUUGGUGUGACUGGGUGUGAGUGUUUUGUGAAGUUGUGUAGUGCUUGGUGGGAAUCCUGAGUUAUGCGUGUUGGAGUGUGUUUCUCCCCCUGUCUGUGUUUUUGUUGCCCCCUACGGUGUGAGAUGAUCACGCCGAUGGCUUUGCUUGCUGUUCAGUUUUCCCCCCCCAGACAAAGAGCUGGAGCCUGUAAAGAUAUGCAUGCAUUCAUUUUAACACAAGUGGCGUGAUGAGUGUGUGUUGGAUAACACUGAGCAUUGCCCAGUUCCGAACAGAACCAUAGUCCUAACUCCUAGGCACGUGUAGAUCUGAAAGGACUGGAUAGGUGUAAGCAGUAUGGUGCAAAUUCUUCCUGGCCUAUCAGAGGGCAAGGUGGAGCUAUAACCAUUUUAGUCAUUCCUAUCCAAUCAAUUUAGAAAUAUGUGAAGUGCUUAGUGGAGGAGGGGCGGUUUUGAGAUUGGGUCUUUUUGCAGAUCAAAGCAAAUUUCCACCAAAUCCACUUCCAGCUACAAACACUUCUGAAUAACCUUUAGAAGGAGACAAUUCAGUUUAAAUUCAAAAUAGUUAUUGACAAAGGAGUCGUUUUAGGUGUGGGAGGGGAAACUAUUCCAUUAUUGCAGUUUGUUCAUUCAGAUUCCUCCUAACUUGUAGACUCGAUUCAAGUACCACUCUGUCUUUCAAUCAAUCUUCGUCACAGUUGUCUGUCUGAAUGAACCCCAUCCAGAGCACUAGAGUCCUGUUUCAGCAUGGCAAAGUGUCAGGCUGGAAUAGUAAUAUUAAAAAUGCUAGACUCCUGUUGGCUUCUCUGUGUGUUUUGAGUAUGCUCAUAUUUGGUUCACCUCUGGUAAAAGAGGGCAGAAGUAUUGUUAGCCGUUUUCCUAUCAGCAAUUUGCUGAGUUUGUUUAGACUACUUACUAUACACUCUUACACCCGCUCACUUUCCCUUUGUGUCCGAGCCUUGUGUGCACUUCCCAGGGACCAGACUCUGAUGCAGAUCACUCCCCAGUAACAUUUUAGAUCUCCACUGUCCUCCUGGGAAAGACUAACGCACCAGGCGUUUCCUAUCCACUCGAAUUAUGGCAAAGAAAAUAUGCAUUUGUGGCUGCUUUAAAAAAAAAUGGGAAAAAAUAAAUAUAUAUACAUUGUUUUUUUCUUCCCAGAGUAAAUGAACAAAGGUCAGAUGCACUUUGUUUGGCUAUUGCUGCAGUGAGCAUGUGCGUGUGAAAGAGGUACGUGUGUUUUGACAGAUUGGUGUGGAAUGGGUUCUGUUCAGACUCCCACUUCGCCCAUUCCCAUUUAAGUCGUCUACAGUAUAGUGAAGACACGGACCCCGGGCGCUAGUACUGAGCCGCAGUAGGAACUGAAGAGCUGAGUCAUGUCCUAGCAGAGACACUACCGCUCUGUACCGCUGAGCUGGGAUUGCUGUCACAAAGGCCAAGAGGGGGCAGCUAUCUGGUAUCUACCCAUGAUGUGUUCUAUGGUAUACGUUGACAUACACAAGUCAUUUUGGGCCUGGUUUGCUCAGUGUUUGCAUCGGCUUUUUUACAUCUGGUAUAAAAACAUGCGAACAGUUAGGAACUGUUACCCGAGGUCUUUGUCGAAAUGGGCCGGUCUGCUAUUCAACUGGCUACGAUUGCAGAAUGGGAAGUAAGAAGGGAUGGAAACCGACGGACUAACCACCCACACGUCAGCUUGUGUGUGUUACAAAAUACGGAUCAGAUUACUUUUUUCUUUUUUUUUAAUUGCAGAUUUAUAUACGAGUGUUGGUUCUCUUGAUUUGAUAUUUGAGAGCAACUUUUUGUGAAUUGUGUUUUUUGAGGGAUUUGAUUGACUGGGUUUUCUGUUUCUUUUUCUCUGCUCAUUUAUUUUGACCGAUCCAGAGGUGUAUAUUGGACAGCGAUGACGUCAUUCGAGAUCCAGAAGCACAGAUGGGAGCUAGGUUAACGGUUCAGUAGCGAAACUGCUAUGGCUCCCUGUGUAGAAUCGUGACUCUUUCUGACAUCACUCUGAUCCUGUUUUAUUCUAGAGGUGUGAGGCUCGCUCCUGUCCUAUUUUCAAAUGAAAUGGGUCUUUUUAAUUUGGUCUGACCCUCGCUCCUCAUUCUCACGGAACGGGUCUUUUUAUUUCACCCCUACAUUUGAACAUUGUUAACCCCUGGCAGUGCCAGUAGGAACCGUGGGCAUUCUAGCAUUCCGUGAUAGACCGCUCCGCUUUGACCAUCAACACCAGAGGUCUGUUCAGGAGGGUGCCCUUUUACAGAAGGCUCAUAUAUAAAUGUUUUGUCUAGAACCAAUCUGAUUCUCGGUCUUGUAGAACUGGGAAUUGUGUCUGCUCUAUUCAUUACAUUUCUAGCUGCAACGUUCUGAAUGUUGCACCUCAUUGAAUGACCUCCAGUUGAAGGGCCUCCUCGGCAGUCUGUCAUUGGUCAUUUCUAUAGUCCUUGAUAUAUCUAUUUAAUGUACAUCUAAUGCUCUGGUCUGUUUCGACAAAGGAGUGGUCUAAAGAAGAAACGGACGCUUCCAGACUAGCUGAUACCUUCCCAUCCCUUAUGGCUUCAUAUGAAAUCAAUAAAUGGUUUUCACUCCAGAGAAAUCAUGUUGAUUUCACAAAGGCCCCUUAACUGGUCCUGGAGGACCACCGUCCCACCGGUUGCCUAGCUACCCUUCAUCCCAGAGCUCACCCACUCCUCUCCCAUCUCAUUGGAUGAGAGCGAGAGUUGUCAAGCUUUUUAUUGGAUGUUCCACUCUGUUUAUAUCCGCAGCAACUGGCCUGUUGAUAAGAUAGGCCACGUAGGACUAGAGUUGAGCUGCUCCUCUUGCUAGAAUUUCUCUUUAGGCACACCUAUCUAGGAUCAGCUUACCCUUUCCAAAUCCUAACCUUCACCAUUAGGGACGGGGGAUGCAAACUGACCUUAGCUCAGUGGGCAUAUAUUCUAGGCACCCCACACACUGUGCCCCCGCAGGACCAGCUAAAGGGGGUCUACAUUAGUUUUUUUGGGGAUGACCAGCCCUGGCCCCCUCCGAUCUGUAAGAUGUGCUAAUGGAAGAGAGAAGUUUUUUUUUGUUUUUUUUUGCAUUUAAGAGUUCUGUUCCCUCUUCCACUGUCGCCUCUUAUUUCUGAAAGUGUCCGAUAUCUUUUUAUUUAAUGUGGAAAAAGAAAACAGAAAUAAAUUAUUUGAUUUUUUUAA